AUGAAGAAAGCAAUCUUCGAUGCCGUCAACGCAGCUGUCACCGCCGCCGUCAAGGAUGCAGUCCCAGUCGCUGUAAACAAUGCCAUCCCUCAAGCUGUCGGCGCUGCAAUCUCCGCGUCGAUCAACAUCAACUUCUCCACCGCCAUCGACCAAGCCGCCAAAGAGAGAGUAAAGGAGAUCGAACGAAUGAUGGAGUGUAAACUCGAAAGGAUUAUCAGAGCCGCAAAACUCGAAGCGAAGGUCCAAGCAGCACAAGAGAUGAUCACUGAGCGCGCUUGUGUGAUGGCCAAUGGGUCCUUUCCAUGGCACCGAUGGCUUGAGAGUAAGAACGAGGAGGACGGCGAAAAGAUUCGGCAAUGGAAUGCUGAACUCGGUGAAAUGCACGAAGAAGAGAGAUAUGCGAAAUGGAAGAAGGAGAGAGAUGGAGUACAAACACGAGGCUGGUGA